UGGCGAACAUGGGUGUCCCUCAAUACGCGCAUUUGUUAGACAUGGCCCAUCACCUGCGCCCAGCGGCUUGUGAAAGGGACUGACGUAUUUAGCGAUGACGCUGCCUGCAGCACCCGCCCCAUCCCACAAUCGUCCUGCUUUCAUCCCCUACAAACUCUUAACACUCUGCUCGCACAACACUCAAAAACUUCUCUCACUCCCCCCCCAAAUUCCUCUACAACACCCCCAUUACCAGCAGUGCUCCAACCCCGACCACCAUCCACCAUGUCUAUGCAAGAUCGCGCCCAGCACCACAUGUCCCAGCUCGACAAAGAGCUGUCCAAAUACCCCGCCCUCAACAACUUUGAGAAGCAAACAUCCGUCCCCAAGGUCUACAUCGUCCUCGGACUCGGCGCCCUUUACUUCUUCCUAAUCUUCUUCAACAUCGCCGGUGGCUUCCUGGUCAACAUUGCCGGCUUCAUCGUCCCCGGCUACUACUCGUUGGCCGCCCUGUUCAGUGCGAGCAAGGUCGAUGACACUCAGUGGUUGACGUACUGGGUAGUUUUUGCCUUCUUGACCGUCUUCGAGAGCGCCGUCAACGCCGUCUACUGGUUUCCAUUCUACUACACCUUCAAGUUCGUCCUCGUCCUCUGGAUGGCUCUUCCCCAGACCGCGGGCGCCCAAAUCAUUUUCCGAUCCUUCAUUCAGCCAGUCUUCUCCCGCUACUUCUCCGAGACUAGCUCGACCGCCGCUAACCUCCGUGCCCAAGCCGACCAGGCUGGCAAGUCCAUGUAAAGUGGCGCAAUGGCACUGAUGAUUCUGACAGCCGCAAGUACCCGCCAAGACGAAGCUCCCUUCCCUGGUGGAAGCAAUUCCUCAGGAGGAUGACGCUAAGACUGCGGCUGUCAAUGCUUGGUUACGAUCUUUCGAUGGUUCACGGCUUUCAGAUCCUGUCCGUGAUAAGGGCAAUGGCAACAGCGAGCUCACUCUGCAAAUUUCCAUCUCCUGGCGAUAGGUUCGGAUUGUGUAACACUUGAUAUUCCUCUGGUAUGGAGUUUCUAUAGAUCGCGCGGAGGUAAUUGGUUGGAUGUCCCAUUAAAUCCAUGCCUUCAAGUCUUGUAAUUCGCACUCUCCGGUCUAUAUCAUUACAAGAUAUCUCCCCCUAAUUUUGUUUGCCCUUUCAGGCACGGUGAAGUGGGUUUUUGAUAAUUGGAGGUCGUGCCGUGGAAAGGUCCCAAUAAUAGGGACCACGAUGGGAAGUUCC